AUAUUGAGAAGCUUUGCACAUUUAGUCAAAGGUUCCCUCUCCCAUCCAUGUACCGGAUGUUGGUAUGGAAGGUGCUUCUAGGAAUUCUCCCACCUCACCAUGACUCUCAUGCAUUUGUGAUGAAAUACAGAAAGGAGCAAUAUGGGGAUGUAUAUCGUGCCCUUCAAGUAAUUCGCUUUAUCACAGAUUCUACUCCACAGGUUGAAGUAUUCCUCCGGAUAUAUCAGUUGGAAUCAGGAAAGCUACCUCAGAACUCAACUUUUCCUUUGCAACCCGAAGAUGAGAUAUUCCUUGCUAUUGCGAAAGCAAUGGAAGAAAUGGUGGAAGACAAUGUUGAUUGCUACUGGCUAGUCAGUAGUUUUGUGAACCAGUUAAACAAUAGGUACAAGGAGUCAUUACCACAGCUGCCAAAACUUCUGGAACAAAUCCUGAGCCUUGAGGACAACCGGCUUCUUGCAUAUCUGAAGUCGUGUUCAGCAAUGGGCCAGCUUCCUUAUAAUCUUUGGUUUAGAAAGUGUUUUGCUGGAUGCCUACCUGAAUCAAGUUUACAAAGGGUUUGGGACAAGGUUAUUAGCGGUUCUUGCAAAAUCCUUGUCUUUGUUGCUGUUGAGAUCUUAUUAACCUUUAAAAUGAAGUUGAUGGCCUUGACUAGUGCUGAAAUUGAACAGUUGUUGGAAAAUAUACCUCAAGAUAAUACUGAUGCAAUUGUGAGCAAGGCUAUUGAACUGUGGCACAAACAUUGUGGAACCCCUGCUCAUUCAGUUUGAAAUUACCUGCAUUUGUUUUUGCUUUAUCUCUGUUUCCUUCUCCGAAAUAUAUAAUUAAUUUAAAUAUUGUGGGUACAGUGGUGUGGGUAUUGUGAUGUGUCCCUCCUGUUGCAGAGAGUUGAAAUCUAUAAUAUGACAACUCCUAGCAGUCAAGUCCCAGUCAACAUUGUGAAUGGUGAAGGAUUCCGAAAGUUGUAGUUCAUCAACAUUUGGAAAGUCACAGAUUUCCUGUCAGAAAUAUUUGUUAUCACAUACUUUUUAGGAAGAGGCUAACUGGGAGAAGAAAAAUGUCAAGCAAAGAUAAAUAAAUGCUGCUCUUUUUCUCUACUUCUUUUAUUUUGAUCAAAGCAUUAUGAAAGGAAGGUUUUGAUCAACUUAAUAUAGUGUUCAUUCAUUCUCACCUCACUGGUGGCACAGUAGUUAGAAUGCAGUACUGCAGGCUAUUUCUGCUGACUGCCGGUUGCCAGCAUUUCGGCAGUUUG